CUAGAGAACCGUUGACAACAGUAAUAUUUUGUUUGUAACUACCAAGCUACUUCGGAUUAAAUGGUUGCAAUGCAGUCUCUUCUUGCAAAAAUGUUGUUAAUACUUGUUUUGUCCGUUGCCUCGUGGUCGUGCGUUGGGGCUGAAAAGGAUGUCAAGAUAAAAAGCGUGAAAACAGAUGUUUCCGAUGGUAAUUCGGCAGUUGAGUCUUGGACAACCAGUCUCUCGAACAAUCAGAUUGAUACGGAGAUCAAAGUUAAAGAAAAUUGUCCACCUAUGAUACAGGCCGAAAUAAGACUAAUCAAAGACGGAAUCAUAGUGAACAAGUUCGUGCAAAACAUGGACCAGCCAUUCGAGAUUGUGAAAAGUCAGAACUUAUGUAAUUCAGUCGACACCCAAGAACCUGAUGACAAAUCAUGUUCCGCAGUCGAGGGUGAGCAUAGACUUUCCGAAUGCGACUUGAGCUCGUGGUUCAGCGACUUGGACGAUGGCGAUUACACGGGCGAAUGCGACAUCAAAUCUAACAAUAAGAUAAUUAGUACCGCCACAAUGGAAGUGGAAGUUAGAGAAAAGUAAAGAUGAAGUAAACGUCGUCUUCCAAUAAAGACGUAUUAACGUCUACUUUCGUUCAUAAAAGUAGCAUGUAGCAUUGUUAAAGUAGUCCGUUAUAUUUUCAGUAAAUAAAAAACUUGGCAUAUG